CCGGGGCUGCCAUAUAACCCCACCUCUUGGGUGAGGACUGCGGCUAUAAUUGGCUAGAUGUGGUAUUUGGAGAUGCUGAGCUGGCUCCUUCCCCCCAUGUCCCUGCACACACACCGGGGUGGGUUGCGCGGGCGGCAGAGGGAGGCAGGGCUGGGUGGCGGCGGCGGCUCUGCCACUCCCUGCCUCCCUACCUCGCUGUCCGAGCCGCUCUCGCUACUGGGCUGCUGCCUGCGGCCGGGCGAGGCGGCGGAGCCGGGCCGCGGGGAGCGGGGGCUGCUGCUGCUGUCGGCGGCGGCGGGGAUGAUGGCGGAGGGCGGCGGCGGGGGGCCGCGGCGGAAGGCGCUGUCCCUGCUGGAGGCGGCCCGCUCCCGCUACGAGAGCCUGCAGAUCUCGGACGACGUGUUCGGGGAGUCGGGCCAGGACAGCAGCGGGAACCCCUUCUACAGCACCUCGGCCGACUCCCGCUCCGCCUCCUCCCAGGACGAGGACGAGGAGCAGCUCGCGGCUGCGGAGGGGCCCGUCCCCCGGGGCCGGGGGCGCCGUGUCCCCAGGGCGGUGGCGGCGGAGCGGCAGCAGGUUCCCGGCGGCGGCGGCAGCCCCGGCCCCACGGAGAAGGAGGCGGAAGAGGAGGGGGGCUGGACCCCGACCCUGCGAGACGCCCCACCCCCAGACUUCAAGGAUAGCUUCGGUCCAACCCAUAAAAUGCCCCCAACUGCCAGUGCCAUGGACUUUUUUCAGCUCUUUGUCCCUGACAAUGUACUAAAGAACAUGGUGGUACAAACCAACAUGUAUGCCAAGAAGUACCAGGAGAGAUUUGGGAAAGAUGAUGCCUGGAUGGAAGUCACGCUAACAGAAAUGAAAGCCUUCCUAGGCUACAUGAUCUCAACAAGCAUUCACCACUGCGAGUCUGUCCUCAGCAUUUGGAGCAGUGGCUUCUACAGCAACAAGAGCAUUGCGCUGAUCAUGACACAGCCACGGUUUGAGAAAAUCCUGAAGUACUUCCACAUUGUGGCCUUCCGUUCCAGCCAGAUGACACACGGCCUCUACAAAAUUCAGCCUUUUCUGGACUCUCUGCAGCAUGGCUUUGACUCUACUUUUAGGCCUUCCCAAACCCAGGUGCUACAUGAACCGCUGAUUGAUGAGGACCCAGUUUUCAUUGCCACAUGCACAGAGCGGGAGCUACGGAAAAGGAAAAAGCGGAAAUUCAGCCUGUGGGUUCGGCAGUGCUCAUCUACUGGUUUCAUCUGUCAGAUAUAUGUCCAUCUAAAAGAAGGAGGCGGUGCUGACGGACUGGAUACUUUGAAGAACAAGCCCCAACUCCACAGUAUGGUGGCCAAGAGCCUUUGUCAGAAUGCAUCAGGAAAAAACUACAUCAUCUUCACUGGCCCUAGCAUUACCAGCCUGAACCUUUUUGAAGAGUUUGAGAAGCAAGAGAUUUAUUGCUGCGGAUUGCUGAGUUCCAGAAAAAGUGACUGCACAGGCCUACCUCCAUCAAUGCUGCAUAACCCAGAUGCGCCUCAGUCCAGAGGGCAGUACAGAAUAAAGAUGAAGGGAAACAUGUCCCUGAUCUGCUGGUAUAACAAAGGGCAUUUUCGUUUUCUCACUAAUGCCUAUUCUCCAGUUCAACAAGGAGUUAUAAUUAAGAGAAAAAGUGGCGAGAUCCCAUGCCCGUUGGCAGUAGAAGCUUUUGCUGCUCAUCUUAGCUAUAUCUGCAAAUAUGACGACAAAUACAGCAAGUAUUUCAUUUCUCAUAAACCAAACAAGACCUGGCAACAAGUGUUCUGGUUUACCAUCAGCAUUGCCAUAAACAAUGCCUACAUCCUCUACAAAAUGUCAGAUGCCUAUCACGUGAAAAGGUACAGCCGGGCACAGUUUGGUGAGAGACUUAUAAAGGAGCUGCUGGGCUUGGAGGACACUUCACCUUCUCAUUGAUGCAUUAUUCCUUGUGGCUUAGGUAUGGGGUGGAGGGGGAGCAGAAGAGGAGACCACAGCUCUGGAAUGUCAAAGCAGGGAACUCAUGACAUCACCAAUGCCGCUCCCUAUAGGAAAAAGACAGUGAUGCCAGUAGAGGGGUGGAGACUUUGUUAAAAGUAGCAGCUGGCUGUGGAAUGUUCUACAGAGAGAGCCACAGGAAGUCAACACACAACUGCAUCUGUGAAUGCUCUGCGGGCACCUGUCCAUCCAAAAAGAUUUAAGUUAGUAGCCAUUAGUCUGCCAUAUCUGUUGAACAGGGUCAUCUUGUAAGGCUUCCAUAGGGCUUAUCACGAGCUUGCCACAAAGGGAUGUAGCUCAGUGGUCCUAUGUGGGCAUUACCAAAACUCUGCCUUGUCUGGAGUUCUUUAACUGUGGGACAAGCAAUGUUGUGUCAUGGAUAACAAUGCCUGACACCUUGUAAGGAAUCAUGACAUGGUUAAAGAGAAACAACAUAGAUUUAUAUGUUCUUCACAAGUAUAUUGACCUGUAACAGGCAAAGACAACAAAGAGAUUAACAGUUAAGAACUUUUUUUUUAUUAGUGUAAGGCAAUCCGAUUGCAGUAUAGGAAUAAAACGUUUAGGGGGAAAUUAAACAUCUUGGAGAACCUUAAAAUAAAAGUCUGAGUGAAAUUUUAAAAAUCAUGGGGAAAGCUGAAUUGAUGCACAUAAUUUAACAAAUAAAUGAGGUAAUACUGCCUGCCACCAUAGCUUCAAUAUUGCUGGUGUGUAGGUGAGAAAUCUCAGAGUAACAACUAACAACUAUAUUUUCUUUGAUUUCAGUUGUAGCUUCAGGUUCUUCUAAGUGUUGCUUAAGAUCUACCUUAAUGGACUGUUUUACUUAAAUUUCUAUGGAUGUUUUUCAUUUUCCCACUUUUUUUUUUAAA